AUGUCCCUCAGCAGCCAAGGAGAUGCUGGCACCAGAAAAACCCCGAUCCCCAGGGCGAAAGACCAGGACUCCUUCGACGACUCGAUAUACCCACCCUUCUUAAAAAAUAUGGACGCAAAACUACCCGAUUACGCAAGAGAAGGGGAUAUCGAAUAUCCGUUUGAAGAAUCGAGCGGUAUUGGGGAUGAAAAUCGAGUCCGCGGAAACUGGACCAACAAAUCAGAUUAUCUACUUUCUGUAGUGGGAUUUGUAUUUGGAUUAGGAAAUGUUUGGAGAUUCCCAUUUUUAAUGUUUUCCUACGGUGGUCUCGCGUUUUUGGUGCCGUAUUUUGUGGCGUUAGUGAUCGCUGCCAUGCCAAUGAUUUUUGUCGAAUCUGUUCUUGGCCAAUUUUCUAGCCUCUCGGCAAUUGCCGUAUGGAAAGUUGUGCCACUUUUUAAAGGUAUUGGUGUAACAAUGAUCAUGAUCUGCGCCCUCCUGGCCAUCUAUUUCAACCUGGUCACGGCGUGGAGUCUCUUCUACCUCUUCAACUCGAUCAGCUUCUCGUUGCCCUGGAGCAACUGCGCGAAUUCGUGGAGUGGAUUGAAUUGUACUCUUGGGUCGAGAGCUACUUGUAUUGAAAUGAACGGGACAAUCCUUGCCAACGGUACAUGCUUGUUGACGAUCGACAACGAGACCCAGCUGAUCGGGCUGAAGGAUGGGAAUGAAAUACCGAGUCUACGCUAUUUUCAUGAUGAGGUGUUAAUGCUAUCAAGCAGUUUUGAUGAAUUUGGAACGCUAAAUUGGUAUCUCGGAAUAUGUGUCCUUAUCUCAUGGAUCGGCGCUUUUCUGUGUCUUUUCCAAGGUGUAAAAUCAAGUGGGAAGGUAUCCUACGUAAUGGUUCUACUCCCCUUCAUCAUAAUGUGCGUACUAUUCGCGAGAUUACUGUCGCUGGGCGGUAGUUUGGAUGGUGUGCUGCACUUUUUUAAACCGGAUUGGAGUGUGUUGACUGGUUUUACGGUAUGGGGCCAAGCCGGAGUACACGUAUUCUAUUCUGUAAGCUGCUGCACAGGCGGAUUGAUCACCCUCAGCAGCUAUAAUCGAUUCCACAACAACCUCUUCAAGGAUAUUUGGGUGAUAAUCUUUGUGGAUUGUUUCUCUUCGCUUUGUGCGUGUGUGCUGACUUUUGCCGCGCUGGGCUUCAUCUGCCAUCAAUUCUCGAUCGGAUUCGAUCAAAUUCAAAUAGCUGAUGGUGCUCAUCUGGUAUUCGUAUUUCUGGCAGAGGCGCUUUCUGGAGUGCCAGUGGCUCCGCUGUACUGUGGAUUAUUUUUCUUGAUGAUAUGUCUCGUAACGCUUAGCACCCAGCUAUUCAUCGUUGAAACAAUCGUGACAUCAAUUUGUGAUGAAUUUCCAGAAAGAUUGAGGAAAAACAGACGCCAUGUCCUAACAACAAUCUGCGCCUGUUUUAUCCUACUAAGCAUCCCUUUUUGCACAUCGCCGGGCAUGUACUGGCUGCUCCUUAUCGAUCACUUUGUAAUCACUUGGCCCAUUCUGGUGAUCGCUUUUCUGGAAUGUAUGGCCAUAUCCUGGAUCUAUGGCGUCGACAACUUAUUGGAUAACAUAAAGUGGAUAACCGGCACGUACCCACCCUUCUACAUGAUGUGGAAAUUACUGCUAAAGUUCUGUUGCCCUGCUGUUUAUUUGUGCAUUCUUUGCUUCUUACUACUAGAAUGGAAACCAAUAUACUAUGGAUCUUAUCAAUUCCCAUAUUGGACGAUAUUAUUGGGAUGGGGUAUCUCAUUACUGCCACUACUUGCCAUUCCGAUAACUGGAAUCACGCAAAUUCUGAUGGCAAACGGGACAUUUAUACAGAGAUGGCGCACCGUGCUCAACCCAGACGAUUCCUGGGGCCCGGCCCUCGCCAUCCAUCGCGCCGAACAAUUCCCGCUUCAAGUCCCCGAAGCCAGGCGGCUUCUCCUGCCCCCAGAGCUUGAGUUCAACUACAAAUCCACGGAAAAGAGCUUGAAUGAGGACCACGCUGCAUCAAAAGUCGAGCCGAAACCGCCUAGUAUCCCGCGUUCACAGGCUCCGAGCACACGGUCGAUAGCAGCGACGCGGAACAGCCUUCCGACUUUUGAGCGAGAAACCGCGAUC